CACAGUAAGUAACGUCUAUCCACGAGUACAUCAUCAUGCAGACUAGUCGAUUUUUUGUUGCUAAAUGCGCUCGCUGCCUAGAUAAUUAAUAAGCUUGUUUGGCAUCAUCCAACGAGAUAGCUGGAAACAGUACAUGCUUGAUUCUCUUCGGUGACAGUCGUGGAUAGUUUGCGAAUAUGACUGAUACUGAAGACAUCCUGAGGCCACUUUCUCGGCGGGAGUUGGUCGAUCUGCAAAACCUGUACUUCGAGAAGAGUCCACUGGAACUACCGUACUAUUUUAUCAUCAAGAAUCAAUUGACCUGGGAUGAUAAAAUCAAUCAAGUGGGUCAGAAAGUUGACUCCCGUUGCUUGUCUGUGAGAGCGUAUUUGAAGUUUUACACACCGCGAUGUGGGAAUCCAAAGGAAACCGGGACGUUCGUGGCGAUAACAAGUGACGAGGAUCCGACGAUUUAUUUCCACACACUCCAAGAGCAUCAUAGUCAACUAUUGAAGUAUUUAUCCGAAACACGUUAUAUCAAUUUUUCAUGUAGUCCCGUAUUCGCCUGUGUAAGUGAUAAUCAUAUUCCUGUUUUGGAUGCUUUAUUAGAGAAGGUCAAUUGUAUUGGCGAGGAACUAUCUGAUUGCUCGUACUACAUGAUGACAAAUGAAAAGGCAUUGCAACAAAGCUACGAGGUACCAAACGAUGUGAUUAUGAAACAGCUCGUACCGUCUAAUUCAACUUUGAUGAACGAACGGUGGCCUCAUCGCUAUCCUAACUCUGAAAAGUACAUUGAACUACUCAUUCAGCUGAACGGAGGACUAGGACUGUUCGACAGAGAUAAUGACGAGAUUGUUGGAUGGGUCCUGAAGAAUGAAUUUGCCGGUGUUGGCCAUUUACAAAUCAUGCCAAACUAUCGUCAAAAAGGUUACGGAAUGAUCUUAGCAAAGGCGAUGACCAAAAAAAUAGCCCUGGAAGAUGGUGGAAUAGUUAACGCAUUUAUCGUGGAUAAAAACACGAAUUCGAGACUUCUUUUCGGCAAGCUUGGGUAUGAAUUAAUAGCUGGGUCUAAUUGGAUUAGAGCAAAUUUUACUCAAAAAUCUAACGAGGCAAAUAUAUAACAAAUUAGGAAGCUGUGAUAAACCACCUACUGAAAUGUGUAUAAUCUUUUAGAAGAAUUGUUCAGAAGCAUAUUAUCCUCAUCAAUAAACAAAUUAAAUCAAC